AUGGCAUUUGUUGUUAGGUUAUUCUUCCUGUCCGCGGUAGCGUACACCGCAAGAGCUGGAUUGCUGUCUGGACAUCAUGACCACCACAGCCAUUACGACGACACCUUCUCGGCCGCUGCCCAUAGCGCGCCCUCCGCCUCGUACGGAGCGCCCGCCGUGUCUUACGGUCCUCCACACAGCGACGGAGGUCUGAUCGCCGGCGCUACCCUGCCCGCCGCGCCUCCGCCCGACGUCUCUGGAGCCGGCUACGCUGGACCCGCCCUGCCCGGCCCCAGUGGUCCUUACAAUGAAGGUAGCCUGCAGCUCGAUGCCACUCUGCCACCACGAGGAGGCCUCCCAACCGGCCCUGCUGUUGGUGGUGUCAACCUCGGCGCCGCUGCCGCCCCAGCACCACGUGUAAUCGGCACCACUGUAACUGUCGGACGUCCCAUCGCCGCCGCUACCAGAUAUGAGCUUCAGUCCGUCAUCCAGGACGUCGUCCGCCGCGUGCCCGUUGAAGUCACUCGUCACGUGCAGGUGGCCGUGCCCCAGCCCGUACCACAGCCCGUCCCCGUGCAGGUCCGCGUCCCCGUCCCGCAGCCCUACCCCGUCCAAGUGGACGUCGUUAAGCAUGUACCCUACCCUGUAGUGAGGACCCAGCACGUCGAAGUAGAGAGGCCUGUUCCUUAUGAAGUCGUCAGGCACGUGCCCGUUGAAGUGAUCAGGAAGGUGCCUGUGCCCGUCGAGAGGCCGUAUGAGGUCAUCAAGAAGAUCCACGUCCCGAUCGAGAAGGCCGUCGAAGUCCCCGUGCCCGUAUGGAAGCCAUACCCUAUCCACAUUAUCAAGCACGUCACUCACUACAAGAAGAAGAGCUGCUGCUGGUGA